GGUUGAUUCUUGUGUCUCCCUCGGAUCAAACAGUGAUGACAGACACGUUCUCACGCUUAUCUUGCGUUGUCUCGGUUCUACUUCUCCUCCUCACUCUCACUCUCACUCUCCUUCCAACCAGCUGAAAAAUUGUGAAUCUGCAACUACUCAGCACUCAAGAAAUGGCUCUUCUCACUCCCAGUAUCUCAGUGCGUUUCCCACAACUCCAGCAACACCAACAGCAAUGGAAAUUCAAACCCAAACCCUUCUUCCCCCGUGCUUCCUCUUUCACUUCCACUUCCUUAGCUCAACUCAGUGUCGGUGAAGAUUUACCAUCAAACUACGGCGAUUGGCUGCCCACUCCGGACCCUCACCUCCGCAGAAGAGCCGGCAUUCUGCUCCAUCCGACGUCGUUUCGAGGCCCCUACGGCAUUGGCGAUCUCGGCGACGAGGCCUUUCGUUUCGUUGACUGGCUCCACAACGCUGGUUGCUCGCUUUGGCAGGUUCUUCCUCUUGUGCCUCCUGGUAGAAAGGCGAAUGAAGAGGGAUCUCCUUACUCUGGCCAGGAUGCCAAUUGUGGGAACACCCUCUUGAUCUCUCUUCAAGGCCUUGUUGAUGAUGGGUUGCUUGAAAAACAUGAGCUUCCUCAACCAAUUGAUGCAGAGCGCGUUGACUUUUCGGUUGUUGCUGACCUUAAGGAUCCUUUGAUAACUAAGGCUGCAGAGAGGCUCAUUUCAAGUAAAGGGGAACUCAAAACACAGCUUGAAAAUUUUCGCAAGGACCCUAACAUAUCAAGCUGGCUUGAAGAUGCAGCUUAUUUUGCUGCUAUUGAUGACAGUUUAAACACAUUCAGCUGGUACAACUGGCCUGAACCUUUAAGAAACCGCCAUCUUGUAGCUCUAGAAAAUAUUUAUGAACAAAAGCGAGAUUUUAUAAAUGUAUUUAUUGCACAACAGUUCUUGUUCCAAAGGCAAUGGCAGAAAGUUCGCGACUAUGCACAAAGUAGGGGAAUCAGUAUAAUGGGAGACAUGCCUAUAUAUGUUGGUUAUCAUAGUGCAGAUGUUUGGGCAAAUAAGAACCAGUUUUCACUGAACAGGAAAGGCUUUCCCCUUUUAGUUAGUGGUGUUCCUCCUGAUGCAUUCAGUGAAACCGGACAGCUGUGGGGCAGCCCCCUGUAUGAUUGGAAUGCUAUGGAGAAGGAAGGAUACUCAUGGUGGAUACGUCGCAUACAGCGCGCACAGAAUUUAUAUGAUGAAUUUAGGAUUGACCACUUUAGAGGACUUGCUGGAUAUUGGGCUGUUCCCUCUGAAGCAAAAGUAGCUAUGGUUGGAAAGUGGAAGGUAGGACCUGGAAUAUCUUUCUUUGAUGCCAUUUUCAGAGCUGUUGGAAAGGUUAAUAUUAUUGCAGAAGACUUGGGAGUUAUCACUGAGGAUGUAGUCAAACUAAGAAAAUCCAUUGGAGCCCCUGGAAUGGCUGUUCUCCAGUUUGGGUUCGGAGGUGGUGCAGAUAAUCCUCAUUUGCCUCAUAAUCACGAGUUCAACCAAGUUGUCUAUACAGGGACUCAUGACAAUGACACGGUCAAAGGUUGGUGGGAAGCUAUGAACCAAGAAGAGAAAUCCAAAGCAUUAAGUUAUCUUUCAUUAACUGGGGAGGAUGACAUUUCGUGGGUGCUAAUCCAGAAGGUACUAGCUUCUGUUGCUCAAACAGCAGUAAUACCUAUGCAAGAUGUUCUUGGACUGGGGAACUCUGCUAGGAUGAAUAUUCCUGCAACUCAGUUUGGAAACUGGGGUUGGAGAAUUGCAAGUUCUGUGAGCUUUGAUAACUUGGAGAGAGAAGCAGCCAGACUUAAAGAUAUGCUUUCAAUGUAUGGCCGGCUUUGAAUACGGAAUCCUGACUUGAGUGCAGAGUAGAAGAGUUAGCUUUGUAACAGCAAGUUGCUGGAGUUAGGCACGAUGUUGAUCAAUCAAAGCUGGGUGCCUUGGUCAAGAAAUUUGAGAAUGGUGGAUGCUUCUGUGAAAAGAUGUAAUAAUAUUGCAAAUUUUUUGGGCUUGCUUGUAUAAUUGGUCACUGGUGAUCUGAUGUCGUCGCCCGAACCAGUUCAGGUGAUCGAAAGAAGCAACUCUACCCCAUGCACAAAAUUGAGUCCAGAAAGUUCUGAAUAAAUUGUAAUUGUAUGCAUGACGAGUUAAGAAUGGCAUGGAGUAAUUUUCUAAACUUAAUGUGUAAAUUCAUAGAUUGUUUUGCUUCUAAAUGCUUAUUUCCGGCAUUUUAUUAAGGUA